AGACAAAGUAAACAUAACUUUUGAAGAUUAAGCUAGCAUGUUUAUAUCAAAUUAGGAUAAUUCUGAGAAUGUCACACGACCGAGACCGAGAGCGAAAAAUUGUAAUUGUCGGUAAAACAGGAAAUGGGAAAAGUUCCUUAGGGAACAAUCUAUUGAAGAAAAAAGCAUUCGAUUGCAGACGCAGUAAGAAGGCAGUAACAAAGACAUGUAAAUUGGAGAAAGCAAAAUAUAAUGAAAACAAGAUCAAAAUUGUUGACACCCCUGGCCUGUUUUCUCCAACAACUGGAAAUAACGUUGCUAAACAAGCUUUAGACAUACUUGAGUCGUUGGAUAUUUGCAGAAAUCCUCAUGCGUUUUUACUUGUUAUGCGGGAUGAUUGUAGAUGCACUGAAGAGGAUUUGUCUAUAGAAGACGUUCUCAAAAUAACUUUCGGGUCAGAAUUCUUUCAGCGUGCAAUAAUUGUUUUUACACACGUUGAGAAUGAAAUACAUGAUAAACAAUUUGAAGAUGAAUGGAAAGAAUCGAGUGAAUUAACAAGUUUAAUCGAGAAAUGCGGCAACAGAGUAGCCAGGAUUGAAAACACUAGCGUAAACAGCGCUUAUAUAGAUCAAAUCUUUUCGUAUGUGGAACAAGUGUCGAGAAAUGGGAGUGAGAAAUAUUUAAACAUAUACGAAAAUUGUCAGAGAGAGGUUUUGCAAAAAAUGGCAAAAUUUGACAAAUUCGAUCGUAAAAAUGCAAAUGAGCAAGUUUCAAGCCUUUGUAAAAAAAUCACACAGGCAAUAGAAAAAGAAGAACAGACGAGAGAGUUGAGAAGAAGAGAGGAAUCUGUUGCAAAAAGAGAAGAAUCCGCUUCAAGACGAGAAAUAUCUGUCAAAGAACAAGAAGAAUCCGCUUCAAGACGAGAAGUGUCUGUCAAAAAACAAAAAGAAUCCGUUUCAAGACGAGAAGGAUCCGUCAGAGAAAGAGAAGAAUCCGUUUCAAGACAAGAAGAAUCCGUCAAAGAAAGGGAAGAAUCCGUUUCAAGACGAGAAGUAUCCGUCACAGAACAAGAAGUAUCCGUCAAAGGAAGAGAAGAAUCAGUUUCAAGCCGAGAAAAAUCCGUCACAUUACAAGAAGAAACCGUUUCAAGACUAGAAGUAUCUGUCAAAGAACAAGAAAAAUCCGCUUCAAGACGAGAAAUGUCUGUCAAAAAACAAGAAGAAUCUGUUUCAAGACGAGAAGGAUACGUCAAAGAAAGAGAAGAUUCCGUUUCAAGACAAGAAGAAUCCGUCAAAGAAAGGGAAAAAUCCGUUUCAAGACGAGAAGUAUCCGUCACAGACCAAGAAGUAUCCGUCAAAGAAAGAGAAGAAUCAGUUUCAAGCCGAGAAAGAUCCGUCACAGUACAAGAAGAAUCCGUCAAAGAAAGAGAAGUAACCGUUUCAAGACGAGAAAACUAUGUUUACGAAAGAGAAGACUCAUUUUUAAUCCGAGAAGAAUUUAUCGCAGAAGAGAGACAAAAAGUUUUAGGCCGAGAAGAAAUCGUAUACAUGGAAGAAAAAAUAGUUUCAAGCCGAGAAAAAUCCGUCGCAGAAAAAGAAGAAUCAGUUUCAAGUCGAGAGAAAUCCGUCGCAGUAAGGGAAAGUUCCGUCUCAGUAAAAGAAUAUUCACUCAAAAGUAAAAUGUUUUUAUCAAAUGUUUCAUCGGGUGUUGCAGCUGGAGUUGCUACUGCUGCUACAGGAAGAGUGGGAGCCGCAGUUAAUUGGCUUAUUCAAAAAUAAUACUAAUAUAUCAUCCAGUCAAGGAAGAAAACGUUACCUAAUAAUGGUUUCGUUUCUCAGAUUCUAAGUUUAGAUCAGACCAAAAACAUUGUAAAUUGUGUAUGUAUGUACCGUUAUACUGCAGUAAAAACAAAACAAACAUAUACAAUAUAUCAAAAAAGGUAUGACAGUCUACAGAAACUUUUGGAAAACAAACAAAAUCAUAACUAAUAAUAUUCCUGUCGAAUACAUGUUGUACACUACUACUUCAUAAAUGUUCUGUAAAUAUUUGGUUGUAUCAAUAUUAACAAAUUAAGGCAUGUGAAGAGCCAUCUCUGAAAUUCUCACCAACACGAAUCUGGCGGGAGAAAAAUAGUGAUUCACUGAAAUGGGACACUACCUUUCAAUAAUUGCUGUGGGAUGUACACACAUUACGCUCUACUUACCUUAACUAAACUAAUAUUUGUUGUUAUUACCUUCAUCUUAGAUACCUUACAUCUUGUCAAAGUUCAGCUUAUACGUUAAUUGCAAGGUCAAAUUCAGGCAAAGUUAUCCAGACUAAUCUCCAUAAAAAGAACUGAAAUAAUUGUGACGUUCAAACCAAAUUCUUAUCAUCUGACUUUUUUAAAAUGAAAGUUGCAAAACAUAUGUGCUGGAAUACAAAUAACACUCUGCUGGCAUUACAUGUUUCAUGAUUAUUUUACAUUUGAUAGUUUGAUUUUGCAUGUUUUUGCGAUAAUGACCACAUAGCAUUAAUAAUCAAAAAUAUAUCCACAUGGUAGCGUAUGCCUUCAGUGAACAUAUUAUAAUCGACCAACAUUUGUGUCAUCAGGAAAUGGUUAGUUACAAAUGCUAAACCCUUCUUUAUGCUUUGAUGUCAGCAGUAUAUAUUGCAAGUGAUAAAUAACAUGUACUACAUUUUGUAGUUUGCCUGUGAUUUCAACACAACCUUGAGAAUUAGCAAAAAUAUUAUUUACUUUGUACAACAUGAAGCUUAAAAUUUAACAUUUUCUAACAUAGUGACGUGUGUACCAAAAAGCUAUAUCCAGAUAACACCCUUAUCUACAGAGAAGUAGAUAUUCAAUUUCAGUUAUUUUACAAAUGCAUAUGUGCUAUGUUCUAAAACUUAACAAUUAUUGUUCAAAUAUACAUUUUGUUGUCAGUUAUAAAAUGUUAUGAAGUAACGUGUGUAUUAGGAAAGUAGGAUAUAUUCAUUAGUGACUUUCAGUGAAAUCGUCCUAGCUAGAUUCAUUUACAAUGAUCCUUUUUAUUUUCGAUAUACUAAGAUUCUUUAUUGACAAUCUACCACAAUCUAAAAUUAGUAUUUCAGAGAAAAAUAUUCUGUUUACCAGUGCAAAUCACUAGUUGAUUAGCAAACUUAGUAACAUAGGGAAAUUUAUCCAUUUUGUAACUGUUAUUUACGCUAAUUUAUGUCAUGUAAAAUGCAGAUUGUAUAUCCGCUUAAAUGACAUAGUUUACUAUCAAUACUGGUCAGCUGUUGCACACUAUUAAUCAAAUAUUGAUUCCCCUGACAUUUACUUUUUAUUUUUGCAAUUUUUAUUCGUUGCAAAUAAAUCUUAAUUAACUCAUUACCCUGUUUAUCAACUUGAUGCCGUUUUAACGUUUAUCUAUAGCUUCUGACCAAAAUGAUUUUGUUUAUUCCAGAACUUGUAAUUUAUUUACGAAAUGUUCUUUUUUUAAAGUAGUGAUUAUGAGUUUAUGUGUUCAUAUUGUUUUUGUGAGAAUCUGGGAAUAGGUAUAACACUCAGCAAAAAUCUUUAAAAUGUUUGGAGAUAUGUGGCAGAAUAAUGUACAUUUCACUUCACCUAUACCGCACAGAUAGAUCAUAAGGUAUACUUUGAAAUGUACUGAUUUUGGACCUUCUUUGUUCUACGUAAACUAACUUUUUACGCCUUAAAGCUUUUGAAUAGAACAUUUUGCCGAGAUAUAUAAUACCGCAAAAGUAAUUUUUGUAAACGACAUUUUAAACCCAGUUUAGCAAUAAAAUCUUGAUCCGAAAUUAUUUUAGGAAUGUUGUUUAAGGAAUUCGAAACUAUAACGCAAUUAGUUAACUACUGUGAAAUCAUUUAAUUUCGUGGGUAUGAAAUUUCAUAGUUUUGGUCAAAACGGCAAUUUCGUGGGGAUAUGAAUUCGUGGAUCUCAACUUUUGAACAUAAAAUUAACUGGAAUUUUACUUGUUCGUUGGGAUUAAAUUUCGUGGAUUUACUCAACCACGAACUCCACGGAAAUUAGUCCCCCACGAAAAUUAAUGAUUUCACAGUAUCAGACCAUUAAGUAUAUGCUAUCACCAAUUAUAGAGAA